AACUGACUGUAUAAAAAGCACACAAUGCCUCAGUGUUUGGCAGAAGUGCUACAACAGCAUAGUUCUGUACGUACUGAGUUUGGCUGUAACAAGGGCACCAGUCAGGAAACCUUCAAAGCUAUGGCCAGUCAGGUCCCAGCUGAGAAGUCUGAAAAGUGUCAGUGUGAGACAAGCCGUCCUGAAAGCAUUCUUUACCAGCUCCUUAACAAACAACACCAAAAUGAUACCGAAUGGAUUGACCACUAUUCCUACACUCCUUGCUCCCUACCAAGUGUUGGCUGUCCUUGUGUGGAUAACAGGAGAGUUAUCCUGAAAAAUCCAGAAGUCACUUGCAUGAGAGCUUCUGAAGUGCUCCUGAAGACUAUAACUUUUAUAAGAAAUUUGCCCUCCUUCUGUGAUUUGCCCCAAGAAGAUCAGAUCCUCCUGGUACAGCAGUGCUGGGCCCCUCUCUUUGUUUUGGGUCUGGCACAGGAGAGAGUGGAUUUUGAACUGAAAGAAAUUUCAAGCCCUAGUUUGUUGAAAAAAAUCCUUCUCAAUCAAUCUUUGGCAGCUAGUGAGGAACUGGAGAGCUUCCCACAUGGAGCAUCGUUAGCAGAAGUUCAGAAAGUGAAACAUUUUCUGAAGAAAUUCUGGAACUUGGAUAUGUGCGCAAAGGAAUAUGCUUAUCUUAAGGGGAUUAUUCUCUUUAAUCCAGAAUUGCAUGGCCUCAAAUGUUGUCCCCAUGUGCAAACCCUGCAGCAAGAAGCCCAGCGCACUCUGAUGGAAUUUAUCUCUAUGAUGUAUGACAGGAACCUAAGCAGGUUUUCUUGGGUCCUUGGGUUCCUCACCAGCCUCAGUACUGUUGAUGCAGAUAGUAUUAAAGAACUCUUCUUCAGACCCAUCUUAGGAGAAGUCAUCCUAAAUGAAUUACUUCUAGAAACCCUCUAUCUCAAUUGAGACCUGCCUUAAAAAUAACCUACCCUUUUGUUUUCAUAAAUGACAGCAAAAACACUUUUUUGGAAAGGUGAAAGAGUUUUAUGGUCAAUCAUUAAAGAUAAACAUAAUUCAAAGAUAUAAUUACAUGUAUUUGUGUGAACAUGGUCUAUUUUUUGCAUAAUUAAAAAGUCUUGUAAUCUUUGAAAUAAUAAAAAAGAUGAAUUCAAAUUCAUAAAUCUGUUUCAUAGCUGAUGAGACUUCAUUCUAACAUACA